GAGGGGCUGGGGGAGGGUAACAAAGCAACAUGGCAACACGUGGGUUGGUCAGACUUUUUACAAGAACUUUAUUUGAUAUGAGCUCUAGCAGUGGGGACACAGUGUUUGCAUUAUCAUCAGGACAGGGGAAAUGUGGAGUAGCUGUAAUCAGAGUAUCAGGACCAAGAGCAUCAGAUGUUAUUCUUAAUUUGGGACAGUUCAAAAGCCUCCCUAAGCCAAGAGCAGCAACAUUACGAAGAUUACGUGAUCCUUUGUCAGGUGACAUUAUUGAUCAUGGUCUCUCUAUUUGGUUUCCAGGUCCCAAUAGUUUUACUGGUGAAGAUUGUGUAGAGUUUCAUGUCCAUGGUGGUAAAGCUGUCAUAUCUUCCGUAUUGAACUCUCUCUCUUCAUUACCUGGUCUCAAGCAUGCUGAACCAGGAGACUUCACUAAAAGAGCUUUAUUGAAUGGAAAACUUGAUCUGACUGAAGUGGAAGGUCUUUCUGAUUUGAUACAUGCAGAGACAGAGGCUCAGAGAAAGCAAGCUCUGAGACAAAUGAAGGGGGAUCUAAGUAAGCUCUACAAUGGUUGGAGUGAAUCAUUAUUAAAAUCCCUUGCUAAUGUUGAAGCUAUUAUUGAUUUUGGUGAAGAUGAGAACAUUGAAGAAGGGCUAUUGGAACAAGUCUGCAGACAAAUCGAAGAGCUGUCAAAAGAAAUACAAUCUCACUUGCAAGAUGGUAGAAGAGGUGAAAGACUCCGCUCUGGGAUUCAAGUCACAAUUAUAGGAGCACCCAAUGCUGGCAAGAGCAGCUUACUGAACAUAUUGUGCCAGCGCCCAGCUGCUAUAGUGUCCCCAUAUGCUGGGACUACAAGAGACGUGAUUGAGUCAUCUUUGGAUAUAUCUGGAUAUCCAGUUGUGAUAAGUGACACUGCUGGACUAAGGCAAGUCAGUGAUCCUGUGGAAAAGGAAGGGAUCAAACGAGCCGUUGAAAGGACUCAUUGCAGAGUUGAGAGUGCGGAUUUGAACAUUCUAAUAGUUGAUAGUUCUCUGUGCAAAGACAACCUCUCAACACUCCAAUGUCCAGAGCCAGAAGUACUGAAAAAGUUGUGCAGCAUGAACCCAAGUGUAAGUGAAGAGAGGGUCCUUGAGAGACUGAAUCACAACAACACAUUAAUUGUUAUGAACAAGACCGAUCUGCUUCCAUCAUCUCACACUAUAGCUCCAGAUAAUAGUAAUUUAAUCUGUUGGGUCUCAUGCACGACUAGAAAAGGAAUUGAAAAUUUCUUGGACGUCUUAAAGAAUCGGUUGCAGAUGUUAGGGGGCGAUCCAUUAGCUGAUAGCCCUCAUCUGACACAACAAAGGCACAGGCAUCACUUACAAGACUGCAGCUGCUCAAUUCAAAGAUUCCUUGAUUGCGUUAAAAAAGGUGAAAGCGAUAUCGUAGUAGCUGCUGAAGAACUGAGAUCAGCUCUGAAAGAGAUAGGAAGAAUAACUGGAAAGACUGAUGUUGAGGAGAUUCUAGAUGUCAUUUUUAAAGACUUCUGUAUUGGAAAAUAAAUUAAAUAAUAAUAAUAAUAAAAUUCACACAAAUUGUAAUAAAAAAAUAAUUGCAAUUUCUUCAUCCUUGAUGCUCCAUAAAA